ACCAUACAACUCUCCAAAAAAUUGCUUGGCACCAAAGAAUCAUACCAAUUAAGCGAAUUCUCAAUCGAGCAGUUCUCUGAUUCUCUCUCUCUGUCAGUCACAGAGCUCUCGAUCUCCAUUGACUCCAAGGACGAGCAAGCGAUAGCCAAUCUGCAAUCUGCUUCCCUCGCUCGGACACGAUCUCUCUCCGCCUUUAAAUUUUCUUUGUUGUUCUUUUCUUAUUCCGAUUUCUUUAACCUGGUUUCUGCUUUCUCGCUGUGGUUUCUUUUGCUGUUCGAGGGGGCGUCUUACUUUUUAUUUCUAUCUCUGUUUCCUUGAAUUUAUGGAUGCAGGACUCGUAAAAUCGUCUCACAAGAUGAAAUCACGAAGCCCUCUUCAAGAACCGUUUCGUCAUAGAAGAAACAAUAGCGAUAAUUUAGAUAGAUUCAUACCCAAUCGGUCUGCAAUGGACUUUGAUUAUGCACAUUACAUGCUGACGGGUGCUAAAAAGGGCAAGGAGAACCCUCCUUUAGUGAACUCCCCGUCCAGAGAUGCGUACCAGAAGCAGCUGGCUGAGACAUUAAACAUGAACAGAACGCGUAUUUUGGCCUUUAAGAAUAAGCCAAUCCCUCAAGUGGAUCCAAUUCCACAAGACUUCUUCUCAUCAACUCCUCAUCAGUCUAGACCUGCCAAGCGCCGUCGAUACAUUCCUCAGACCAGUGAGAGGACCUUGGAUGCCCCUGAUAUAGUAGAUGAUUUCUAUUUGAAUUUACUAGACUGGGGAAGCAGGAAUGUGCUUGCAAUAGCUCUUGAAAACACAGUAUAUCUCUGGAAUGCUUCUGAUAGUUCUACCUCAGAACUAGUCACUAUUGACGGAGAGGAUGGCCCAAUCGCUAGUGUCAGUUGGGCUCCUGAUGGAAGGCACAUUGCCAUUGGUUUAAAUAAUUCCACUGUGCAGCUCUGGGACUCCAUAACCAAUCGACAGCUAAGAACAUUAAGUAGUCAUCAGUCUCAAGUAAAUUCAUUGGCAUGGAACAACUGCAUUCUGACUACUGGAGGAAUGGAUGGUAAAAUUGUAAACAAUGAUGUCAGAGUAAGAGAACAUGCUGUUGAAACAUUAAGGGGACACCAACAGGGAGUCUGUGGGCUAAAAUGGUCAGGUUCAGGCCAACAACUAGCCAGUGGAGGGAAUGAUAAUCUUUUAUUCAUAUGGGACAGAUCCAUGGCCUCUUCACAUUCACCGACGCAGUGGCUUCACAGGAUUGAGGAACACACAGCUGCAGUGAAAGCCCUUGCAUGGUGUCCCUUUCAGGGCAAUUUGCUAGCCUCUGGUGGAGGUGGGGGUGACAGGUGCAUAAGAUUCUGGAACACUCAUACUGGAGCACAAUUGAAUUCAGUGGACACUGGUUCUCAGGUGUGUGCUUUGCUGUGGAACAAGAAUGAGCGUGAACUACUUAGCUCUCAUGGUUUCACUGAAAAUCAGCUGAUUCUCUGGAAGUACCCAUCCAUGGUCAGGAUGGCUGAACUCACUGGUCAUACCUCUAGAGUUCUCUACAUGGCACAGAGCCCAGAUGGGUUUACUGUAGCAACUGCAGCAGGUGAUGAAACACUAAGAUUUUGGAAAGUAUUUGGGACCCCGGAAGUGGCUAAAACUGCACCAAAAGAAAACAUUGAGCCAUUUGCUCAUGUAACCCGCAUCCGUUGAACACACAUUAGAACAGGAGCAGCAAGACCAGUGGACAAAUUUUGAUGUACAUUCUAUUCUAUGAAUUGUAAGUUUUAUGCUUGAUCGAAUCAUAUCCUUCAACCUUCUGGGGAUUAAUUAUAUGAAGAACCCUUGUAUAUAUGCUGUUAAUUAUGUAGUUCUAACUCAACAAACUGUGCAAA